GAAGUAUCUCAUAGACGAAAGCUAUUCCAUCCAACAUGGUUGACAAUGGGGUCAAAAUGGAGGGAAAUAAAGACGAUGACAGAUCCAAAAAUCAAAUUGAGACCGCUGUUAAGUUCUUACAAAAUCCCAAAGUUAAGGAAACACCUUUGAGUCAGCGAAAGGCAUUCCUAUUAAAGAAAGGUUUGUCAGAAGAUGAAAUUGAGAAAGCUAUAGAACUUGCACAAACCACAGAUCCAAAUAAAGAUCUUCUCUUGAGGAAUCCGCCUCAAAGAUCAAUUGUGUUUCCAGGUCAGCCACCAAGCCCACCACCGUAUUCAUUUCGAUUGCGGGAUUUGUUUUGGGUUGGAUUGAUUGGAGGAAGUUUUGGAUAUCUUCUUGUCCAUUUGGUGAAGACUUAUCUAUUGCCAUAUGUUUUGAACCAAAAAGAUGAGAGAGAAGAAAGAAUCAACCAACUCCACUCUUCUGUCAGUGAACUGAAGGAAAAUUUAAGUCAAUCAGUUGGAGAUAUACAGACAACCCUGGAUUCUGUUCAAAAAAUGCUUCAAGAUCAACAGGAGAAAGUGCAGACAAUGUCUCUAAAUCUUUCAACAUCACAGGCAUGUUUAUCACAGAGUAUGACUGAAAGCUAUUCUCUUUCUGAGAUCAAAUCAGAAUUAUCGUCACUCAAAGGUCUCCUGUUAAACAGGCGCCAGUUCCCCUCUCCUGUCGUCCAAUCCUCCCCAUUCCCCAGCAUCCCGGCGUGGCAGAGGAAUACCACAGAGCCAAAUGAUGGUGAAGAUAGCGUGAAAAAAGGAAACCUUUUGGAAACAAAGACGGACGUCAUGUUGUCCGCCGUGUUGGAAACAAGCAAAGAGGGGUCUACAACUGAAUGCAAUGGAACUGACGUGGAUACAUCCAGUGGAACUCUAGAACUGCAAAGUGAUCUAACCAGUCUGGAGUGUUCAAAUUCAAUUCCUGCAAGCGAGAGGAUGGACUCUGAUCAAAACGACACCAGUUAUUCUACAAUGUCCACCGAUACUGGUUCUCCCAAUUUGUCUCUCAGUAAAUGAAACGAAAAAUCUUUCAGUUUCUUGCCUGAAACUUCGAAGCUAGAGAUUUCAUAAUUGCCGACAAUUUAUCUACGUGGAUAAACUGAAACAAAUUAGAGAAAUGCACAAAAAUGGAUCAUGUUUAUGAGGAUUGUGAAAAUUCUCCAAGCUAUCAUUGUAAUUAAACCGUAGUGGUAUAUUAGAUCAUUCUAAAGGGAUGAUGGUUGAUGUUCAGGGUAAUUUAGAGUGCUUUGGGGAUAUAAAUUAUUGUGACUAUUAAAAUGAAGCAAACUACCUUUGUUCAUGAAAUUUAGAAAAAAAAUCACAUUAGUGAGAAGUAAAGUCUAUCUUAUAUCACUGUGAAAUUUUUUAAAUGAGCUUAAAUUUAA